AUGUCAUGGCAAGAAAAUGGUUCGGCCAAUGGUUACUCUGACUCCUUCCAACGCUUGCUUAACACCGCUGGCGUACCCGCAAGCCACGUACCAGAGGGUUUUGCAAAUGAUCUCAAUUCAGCAGCUCUGCGCUCCUAUCUGACCUUGGCAGACACCAUCGUCCACGAAUUCGCCCAUGCCUUUAGUCUUGCGUACUUUGACAAGGUGCUAGGCCUCUCCAUACCCGCCGAGCCCUUUGUAGGGCAUGAACGCACCAUGGAGCUUGGUUUCGCGACCAUGCGACAUAUAUUCGGUGGUGUCGCCUCUGCCAGCAACUUCGAUCCUCCUGCAGGGGCGCCGCCGAACACAUUACAAGAAAUCGCCGCCUACGUACCUUUCGGCAUCACCUUCAGAGACAAGUGGCUCCCGUGGGCUGAACCAGGGACACACGGUAAACACAAGCAUUAUCUCGACGAGGGCAAAGAUGCGGAUUUUGCGGAGCCGAUCUGGACCUAUCCGUUGCCGCAAAGGCAGAUAUUCGAUUACUUUACGAGGGAAAUGUGGGAGAAGAAGGUGCCCAGGUAUGGGCUCGACGCUCUCAAGUAUGUCAGAAUACCCGAGUGGGCGAGUGUCGAAAUGCCGGGCCCUGAUCCUCAGAAACCCUGGAUCAAGUCUACCCUGAGAUAA